UUUAUUUUCUUUACUUUUCUCACGUGGACUAAAAAAAAAAGUUAAGAAUAAUAACAAUUUGCUUAAAUCUAAACAUUGUCAAGAAUAUAGAUUAUAUCUAGAUCUAUAUAUAUAGAUCUAGAUUAGAGUUUAGAUCUACAUCUAAUCUUAAUCGAGAAGAAAAUGAAAAGAAAACUAACUACGGAAGAAAAUGUUCAAACACCACUCAGUAAUGAUAUUACUGACCAGGUCAGUAGCAAGAAUAUAAAAAAAGCCAAGAAUAAAAACCAUGACUUCAGUACUGAAGAAAUUCAGCGUUUAAAGGAGACCGAAGCUCUGUUUCAUUCAAGUUUAUUUAGACUGCAGGUUACAGAGCUAUUAAAAGAAGUCUCAGUCAACCAGAAUUUUAAUUCAAGUGUCAAAGAAUGUAUCACGAAACUUCAGGAUAUUUUAACAAGUUUACCUGCUGGGAAAACUCACAAAAUUGCUGACAAAGAAUGGCUUCAGUCACUGGGUAUUCAAAUUCCUUUUCUGGAAAAACCUGAAAGAGUUAAAGGGAGCUUUCAAUUUUUACCACCUACUGAAGUAAGACUAACUGGGAGUAUGACCUUGGACACUAUAGUAAAACCCAAUCUCAUAGUUGAUCUUGUCCUGCAAAUGCCAAAGGCAUGUUUUGAACCAAAAGAUUACUUGAAUCAAAGAUAUGUUCGUAAGAGAGCCCUGUACUUGUGUGUUGUGGCGUCCCACUUGAGUAAAAACAAACAAAUAGAAGACUUAAAGUUUACAUACAUGAUGUCCAAUCCAUAUAAACCAGUGUUACUUUUAACUAUAAAAGUAACUGAGAAAAGGAAACUUCAGUUUCGUCUUCUUUUAGAGCCAGAGGAAAACAUUUUCAAACUUUCUCGGUUUGAACUUAGCAAAAACAAUGUCAGACCCAAUUGGUUCCUUGGAAAGGAUUCAGAAAGCAAAGAAGACUUUCUACCUGCCACACCUUUUUAUAACUCCAGCAUAUUGAAUGAUUUGACCUUAAAGGUUAAUGAUCAGUUUAUAGCUGAUGUAUUGAAAGAUUCUGAAGGUGUUCGGGAUGGCAUAAUAUUGUUGAAAGUAUGGUUCCGUCAGAGAGAAUUGCUUACAGGCUUUGGAUCAUUCUCCAGCUUUAUCUUGACUGCUUAUGUUGCAAGUCUCAUAAUGCUUAAAAAAAUCAACAAAAUGAUGAAUAGCUACCAGGUCUUUAGAACUACAAUACUUCAUUUAUCUAAGGCAGACUGGAUUGCAGAGCCACCAACACUGUCUGAAGGAAUUAGUCCUAGGGUUUUCCCUACUACUGAUGAGUAUGGUGGAGCUACUUCAUGUGUUUUUGUAGACAGGACUGGCUUUUAUAACAUGGCUUAUAUGAUUUCAUCUUCAAUAUUUGCUAGGGUAAAAGAUGAAGCAGCUCUUGCCCUAACCACUCUGGACCAACACCAUUCUAGCAGUUUUGAUGUCCUCUUCAUGACGCCAGUUUCAUUUGCCAGGAAAUUUGAUCAUGUUUUUCAUAUCACCACAUCAUCAGCUGUUAAAGAAUGCAUGUCGAGUAAAAUUAAAGAGUUCACCUCUCGUGAUAUAGACUUUGCAGGACAUUCAAACAUAGUUGUGUCCCAUUACAUUCUACAAAUUCUUCUAAAGGCUUUAGAAAAGAGAGUAUCUUUAGUGCAGCAAGAAAGUUGUACAUGCCCUGAGUGGAAGAUAUCAGAAAAAGCAUUCAACUUUGAUAGCAUAAGGUUAUUAACCUUUGGGCUUGUCCUGAAUGUAUCCAAUGCUUUCAAUGUCUUAGACAAAGGACCCCCAGCAGACUUAACAGAGGCAAAAGAGUUCCGUGAAUUUUGGGGAGAGAAAUCGGAAAUCAGAAGAUUCAAAGAUGGAACCAUACAUGAAGCUGUUCUGUGGAGCGAGUCAUCUAAACAGUCAGACAGAAGACUUGUGUGUAAAAAGAUUGUCCAACAUGUAUUGAGCAAACACUAUGGCAUAUCUAAAGAUAGUGUUCAGUACAUGGAAGGCAAAUUGGACUCUUUAUUACAUCUUAAUGUCAGCUCAAAGGAGGCACGAGAUGAAUAUGGAACUGGAGAGGAACAGAGCUUGUCAGUUCUCCGUUCAUUUGAAGAGUUGAAUCGUGUGAUUAGAGCCUUGUCUUCCAUCCCUCUAGCAAUUCAUUCUGUGUCUGGCAUUCAUCCUGUAUUUAGACAUACUGAAGUGUUCCCAGCACUAACAGCUGCAAACGUAACCAAAGAAAUGGAUGUGGAGAAGAAUCAUAUUGUUCCUAAAGAAGGAAAACCUUUGCCUCAGUUUGUGCCACCAUUGGAUGUGAUUUGUAUGCUAGAAAGUUCAGGAAAGUGGCCAGAAGAUGUUGAUGCCAUUCAACACAUGAAAACUUUAUUCCACAUUAAGAUAGGCAAUGAGUUGAAAGAGAAGCAUUUUUAUUCUGUCAGUAUACACAGUUCACAUGUGGAUGUCUUGAAGGAUGGUUAUGUAUUCAGGAUAAAGAUAGUAAAUACAAAAGAACUAGCAGUGCUAAGGACCCACAAAACAGAUGAUGGAAUGGUCAAGUUUAGAGAAACAGAUGAAUCCCUGGCACUGGAGCGAGAGAUAAUUGCGUUGCCUUACAUCACCAGUCUAUUACAUGGGAUACAGCAAGAAAACCCAGCUUUUAGUUCAACUGUACGGCUCUGUAAAAGAUGGAUUGCAGCACAGAUGGUUUGGGAUUUUCUUCCAGAGAUAGUUAUAGAGUUGUUGGUGGCAUAUAUAUUUAUCUCCCCUUAUCCAUACACAGCACCAGGGAGUCCCUGCAAUGGUUUUUUUAGGUUCCUUCAUUUAGUGUCAACAUUUAACUGGAAAACUGAUCCUUUGAUGAUCAACUUAAACAAGGAAUUCACAGAGGAAGAUUUUUCCACCAUUCCUAAAGAGUUCACAAAACAUCGUGCGACACUGCCUUGUAUGUGUCUGGUGACUCCUCAAGAUAAACAGGGCACAAAAUGGACCCGGCCUAAUCCGACAGAACCUUUUCUUCAAAGACUGAUUGUGUUGGCACGAGAGUCAUUGAAAAUAGUGGAGGCUCAAGUUAUGCUUCAAACAGCUUCAGCAGAUUUCAAGUUAAUAUUCCGACCACCACUGGGACAUUAUGAUCUUAUUAUACGCCUGCUGAAAAAGGUCAAUGUCAACAGAUAUCAAGCAGUUGAUGCAAAGAAAGAUGUGUGUGUGAAUCUUCCUGACAAGAGUCAGAAACAGCCCAUUCCUCUUGUCGGCUUUAACCCAGUGAGAUUAUUUGUGCAAGAUCUCAGAAGUGUAUUUGGUGACUUUGCCAUGUUCUUCCAUGAUACAUUUGGUGGAGAUGUUAUCGGUGUAGUAUGGAAAUCACAGGCCUUUGAGAAAAAAGAUUUUGCGACUUCACAUUUUAAUUAUAGGAAGCCUUCUGUUAAUAAGGAUGAAACAGUUUCACUCAUGACAGAGAAAGAGUGUAUUUUGGAGGAUAUUAGAGUUAUGGGAGGAGGAAUUGUGGAGUCUAUCACUGUGCCUUCUGAGGCUUAGUGUGGUUUUAGAUUUUCAGUAGCUAUUUAAUAUUAAUAAUGAUUAUUACAAAAAUAAAAUGUAAACACAAAA